CCGCCUCACGCUUGCCUUUGACAGAGAGCCCUGCUAGCUGUCGCGCACGGUAAUUCCCCAGCAUUUCAAACUAAGCAGAUAGCCGGUGAUCUUAUUCAACACAAGCGCUCUCCUCAGGGACAGUUUAGCUUCAGCAAGGAGCUCGCACUUACCGGUGGUUCUCAUCUGACAAAGGGACGUGACAAAGUAAAAGAUGUCUAGAGACACGGAAGGGAAGAGCGAGAAGAUUAUGGACAUGGAGAGCAAGGUGCUGUGGUACCCGGACUCCAAGAAGAACACACAGAUGGACAAGUUUAGGAUACAGGUCAACAAGGACUACGGGCUUAAUCUGGCCAACUACAAUGACCUGUACCAGUGGUCGGUGGACAGCUACCCAGAUUUCUGGUCAGAAGUGUGGCGCUUCUGUGGAGUAGUGAGCUCCAAACCUUAUGAAGAGGUGGUGGAUGUAUCCAAACGGGUCUCAGAUGUGCCAGAGUGGUUUAAAGGAGCUCGGCUCAACUACGCUGAGAACUUGCUCAAACAUGCAGACCAAGACAAAGUAGCUCUCUAUGCUGCAACGGAAGCAAAUGAUGAGAUUGUGAAGGUGACGUAUGGGGAGCUGAGGCGCGAUGUGGCGUUGUUUGCUGCAGCCAUGAGGAAGAUGGGGAUCCAGACUGGAGACCGGGUCGUAGGCUACCUGCCCAAUGGUAUCCAUGCAGUGGAGGGCAUGUUAGCAGCAGCCAGCAUUGGAGCCAUCUGGAGCUCCACGUCUGUGGACUUUGGAGUCAACGGUGUCCUUGACAGGUUUUCUCAAAUCCAGCCCAAGCUGAUCUUCUCUGUUGCAGCUGUGGUUUACAACGGAAAAACACACGACCACAUGGAGAAGCUGACCAGUGUUGUCAAAGGUCUGCCUGACCUGAAGAAAGUGGUGGUGGUUCCCUACGCUCGCUCCAAACAUGAGAUCGACCUCUCCAAGAUCCCCAACAGUGUAUUUAUAGAUGAUUUCUUGGCUUCUGGGCGCGGUGGUGAGGCCGAGCACUUUCCUCAGCUGGAGUUUGAGCAGCUUCCGUUCAAUCAUCCCUUGUUCAUCAUGUACUCGUCUGGCACCACAGGAGCUCCUAAAUGUAUGGUGCACUCUGCUGGGGGAACACUCAUCCAGCACUUGAAAGAACACAUUCUCCAUGGCAAUAUGACCAGCAGUGAUGUCAUCAUAUACUACACCACGACUGGCUGGAUGAUGUGGAACUGGCUGAUGUCUGCUCUGGCAGUGGGAGCCUCUGUGGUUUUAUAUGACGGUUCACCACUAAUACCCACACCCAAUGUACUGUGGGACCUGACGGACCAGCUGGGUAUCACUAUCUUUGGUACCGGGGCUAAGUGGCUGUCAGUGCUGCAGGAGAGGAACCUGAAACCAGCGGAAACAAACAACCUCCAGUCUCUCCACACCAUCCUGUCUACUGGAUCUCCUCUCAAACCUCAAAGCUACGACUACGUGUACCGCUGCAUCAAGAGCAACGUGCUGCUGGGCUCCAUCUCAGGCGGCACAGACAUAGUGUCAUGUUUCAUGGGUCAGAACCCAACAGUUCCAGUGUACCGUGGCGAGAUCCAGACCAGAAACCUUGGCAUUGCUGUGGAAGCCUGGAGCCCUGAUGGUAAGCCCGUGUGGGGGGAGAGUGGGGAGCUCGUCUGCUUGAAACCGAUCCCCUGCCAGCCAACACACUUCUGGAAUGACGAGAACAGGAGCAAAUACCACAAAGCGUACUUUUCUACAUAUCCUGGGGUGUGGGCUCAUGGAGACUACUGUAAAAUCAACCCAAAGACAGGAGGCAUUGUCAUGCUGGGCAGAAGUGACGGUACAUUAAACCCCAACGGAGUCCGAUUUGGCAGCUCAGAAAUCUACAACAUUGUGGAGGCGUUCGAGGAGGUGACAGACAGUCUUUGCGUUCCUCAGUACAAUAACGACGGAGAAGAGCGAGUUAUUUUGUUCUUAAAGAUGGCAUCUGGUAAGCCCUUCUGCCCGGAGUUGGUGGGCAAGAUUAAAGGAGCCAUUCGAAAAGCUCUGUCUGCCCGACACGUCCCCGCUCUGAUGCUGGAGACCAGAGACAUUCCUUACACCAUCAGCGGAAAGAAGGUGGAGGUGGCCGUGAAACAGGUGAUUGCUGGCCGGGAGGUGGCGCAAAGAGGCACUUUCUCCAACCCAGAUUCACUGGAUCUCUUCAAGAACAUUCCUGAACUGCAGCACUUUUAGAGAUGAGGCUUCACUGAGCUGGAGAGAAGAAAAUAUAACCACCUGACAUUAGCUUUUAAUUUAACUUCAUUCAUAUUUACAGAUGCAGGGAGAUAUGCAAAGUGCAUCGCAGGGAGUGUUUGGAAAGGAAGCCACCUUGAUCUUUGUACAGGGAAUAACAAAAAGAUUAAAUAUGUAUGUCGGAAAAUGUAAACUUGAUACAAAUAUGUAAAUAAGUCUGUGGUAUCAGAAAGAAGAGUCGUACUGCUCCAUUGGCUAGAUUGUAAUCAAGUGAUUCAGCAGCUGCUCUUAGUCUACCAUGCUGUGAAGGAGAAUGUUGGAUGCCUGAUGUAAUAUGAUGUGCACAGCAGUACUUGGGAAUAAGCUCAUGCUCUAAAACCACCAUAAUGGAGAAGUGUAAUUUAGAUGCUAUGAGCCAGUGAGGAGCCAUAUCUCCCUGUGUCACCUGCUUAACCCGAGUGUUGGUUCCUACACUUAAAAUCCAUGGAUGUGUGCAGAUAAAGUCGCACACAAACACCUGGGAUUAAUAUCAUAUCAUUGUUACGUGGUGUGUAGUACUUUAUUGAAUGUAUAUAUAUGGGUAUAUAUUUGUCAGACUGUUAAAUGAUGUUAUAACAUUAUAAUUAUGCAUUUUGAAGUUACUGUUAAUCAAAUGAGUCUCAGAUGUAAAGGGUUCUAACAUGUCAGGAGAUUUUAGAUUUAAAUGAAAACCUACUGAACUUUUCCAAGCCUAAAUAAAACAUGUUAAAAUCCUUGAAAAAUAAUUUGACUUUGUAACCAUUGUCUCUUUCAUUCCGCUCGGUACAUCAAGGCAGGAAAUGAUCAACAAGUCAGUAUGUCAAGUGUGUUGUGAAAGUGAGCAAAGGUUAACACCAUAAAAGCCUCUUAUUGUUAUUUCAUUGUUGUUCAUAACAAAAUAAAAAUGUGUUCCCUACUUCAGAA